AUGAUAUGUACAUUUGAAACAUUACCAAAUGAAGUUCUUAUUAUUAUCUUCUCUUAUUUAUCAUGGUUAGAAAUGUUAACUUUGUGGCCAUUAAAUCACCGCAUAAAUAAUCUUAUUUGUUCAAUUAUUUCAAUAAAUGAUAAUCGGCAAAAUAGUGGUAUUGUUAUUAAAGAUUCAGGUUUAUCUUACGACAAAUAUUAUUUAAGAUUACUACCAUUUCUUAAUCGUUCAUCAUUAUUAUCAUUUUGUUCUUGUAUUCGACGUAUGUGUUAUGAUGGAACAAAUUCAAUAGCUUGUAAUAUUAGUUAUGAAUGGAUUUUUUUUCAAAAUAAUGAUCAAAAAAUGCUUCGUUUUCCUUUUCUAAAAUCACUUGUUCUCACUCGAUGCUGGUUGUCUGGACCAUUAAUUCAAAAUUUAUCUUUACUUAUUGACAACCAAUUAGAUGAACUUACUUUAACAUUUGAUAACGACGCAUUCAAUGCUCUUCGAUAUGAACUACCAAGUGUGAAAAGAAAAUAUAACAAGAGUAAUUAA